ACUAUAAAAAUCACUAUUUCCACGACAAAAUUUAAUUAUCGCACUCGUUCUGGUACUCCAACGCUUUUCUUAACGGUCAGAGAAAGAAGGAUCAUGGCAAACCCUGCCGCCGGCUACCACUACGGCAACGCGCCGCCACCUCAAUCCUAUGGAGGUUACACCAUGCAGCAGCCAUCUGCUCCCUACGGCGCACCCCCAUACGGCAUGCUGGCGCCCUCGACUUUUGCCCCAGGCACUGAUCCAACCGUGAUUGCGUGCUUUCAGUUGGCUGAUCAGGAUGGAAGCGGGAUGAUCGAUGAUAUCGAGCUUCAACGUGCGCUUUCGUCGUAUAAUCAGAGCUUUCAGCUGAGGACUGUUCAUAUGCUAAUGUAUACCUUCACCGGUAUUAACACGAGAAAAAUCGGGCCGAAGGAAUUUACAGGACUCUUUUACUGCCUUCAGAGCUGGAGGGGAAUUUUUGACAGAUUCGAUCGGGACAGGAGUGGUAAGAUUGAUGCACCGGAAUUGAGAGAGGCUCUCCUGAGUAUUGGAUAUGCGGUAAGCCCUAUGGUAUUGGAAAUCCUGCUCACCAAGUAUGAUAAGACUGGUGGAAGCAUGAGAGCUAUUGAGUACGACAAUUUCAUCGAAUGCUGCCUCACUGUUAAGGGACUGACUGAGAGGUUCAAGGAAAGGGACCGCGCAUUAACUGGCUCGGCCACUUUCACUUAUGAAGCCUUUAUGCUAACUGUGCUGCCUUUCCUCGUUGCAUAAUGCAAUGCAAUUGAGAUUUGGGAAAAAUGCAAAUAUCCCUCUUGUCAUUUGUAAAUGAGCAAAUUAACUCCACAUAAAAAAAUAGCAAUUUACUUUCCUGUGUUUUCUAAUAUACAACAAAACUUUUCUAUAUUUUUUGAAAUGAAGUAAAUUGCUUCUUUUUAAGAAAUAUAAGGGGUAAGUAAGUUGCUAUUUUUUUUUUUCAUAGGGGAUAAUUUGCUCAUUUGUAAUAUCAUAGGAGGGUAAAUUGCUAUUCACCCAUUGAGAUUUACUUAUCUUCUGUUGUUAUGUAAUUUGUUCUCCUUUUCUUUUUUUUGGUUUGUCUGGUUACGAAAGUGGAAAAGUAGGGAUGACACCCCAUAAAUCCGUCAUGUAAGAUUGUGCAUGCGUCAUGUGUGCCGGUUAGGUACCUAUAGCUGACCUAUUAUCCCCAAGAACUAUGGCCUAUCAUAUGGAAAUCGAUAUACAAGUCAAGACGUACAUUUAACACCAUUAAAAGUCUUGACAAGAAUUCGAAUCCAUAUGGUAGGUGUGGCCACAUUCGUUUUCCUUUUUGCUAGUUUAUUAGUAUAGCUUUUAUUUCUCAUACUAUUUAGCAGACCUUGCUAAUAAUUGGUUUUAUAUAUGUAGCAUUGUUGUAGUUUAAAGUAUAAUAUUUUUUUAGCAUAGUGGAUGGUGUGCAUUUUGA